AAAUGGUAGUUGAGAUGUCAUAGGGUGAAAUGGGACAUGAGAGCAAGGCCGAGACUUUUGGCCUUUGGACUGACCAAUGGAUACACGCAUGGCAGUGGCAGAACUAGCGUUCCGCUAGAGUUGCAGUGUAGAUCGUACAGGGAUGAUGAUGGUGCGCAACUGCACAUGCACACUGUGUCACACAGACAGUGGGUGAUAAGAGUGAUUAGGCGAGUGUCGGCACAGGCUGAUCCAGGUCAAGGUCGUCUGAUCUGGACAACCAUCCACUGUUCGUCAUGUCUGUUCCCACGAGCCACGGCGACGUUCCCAGCAGUUCAAUCAAUGUCUCGAUGCACGGCGCUAACAGCAGCCGAACACGGUCGUCCGCUCGGGCCCCUCGUCGUACUCCAUGGAUCUGAUUGAAGCAAGCACCAGUCGACGAUCUACGUGAUUGAGAGCAGGCUAUUAAUUCAUGAGAGCUUCAGAUACCUGCCCGAGCUGAGCACAAAUGUAUUCGUUCGGAGACUAGAACACACAAGUCUUACUAGUAGAAAACGAAUCAAAUAGAGAAGGAUAUCUGAUGGAGGAGGUUUCCGCCGGCGAGGCAGCCGAGGAGAAUGGUAUCGGUAGCAGCUCGGUGGUGGAGACCGAGACACAGGACAUCAAGACGCUCCAACACGACGUGCGAGCAAAGGAGAAGUUGUCGUCGAUGGACGACGACGAGGGGUCCGGCGGCGGCACCACUAGACCGCCAGAGGAGAUGAAGGGUAGCUGUGGCAGCUGGAUAGUGGAGAUGGAGGAGCUGGGCUUUAAAGCUGACACGCCGGGGGAUACGGCAACGGCGUGCUGCCAGCAGAAACCCUCCAUCUACCGGGUGCCAGAGUGGAUCCAGGGGUUCACCAACAGAAGCGCUUACCGGCCGCGGCUGGUGUCGUUCGGCCCCUUCCACCACGGCGCGCCUGACCUGGUGCCCAUGGAGGAGCACAAGCUGCAGGCCGUCCUGCACCUCGUCAAGCGCUCCGGGAAGCCGCUCGCGGAGUUCACCGCCUCCAUCGAGGAGGUGGUGGAGGACCUGCUGGGCGCCUACGACAAGCUAGAUGUCAAAUGGCGCUGGAAAAGCAGGGGUGGCUUCGUGAAGAUGAUGGUCAUGGACGGAUGCUUCCUGCUGGAGUUUAUGCAGAGCAGCUGUGAUUACGCGCCGAACAACCCCAUCUUUUGCUACCAUGGCCUUCUGACUAUGUGUUCCGACAUCCGGUCCGACAUGGUCGUCAUGGAGAACCAGCUGCCGCUGCUUGUUCUGCAAAGGCUUGUAGCUGUUCGGGAUGACAGAGAUCCGAGCGCUGCACAGAUCAACAGUAUGGUGCUGGGUUUCCUGGACUCCAAGUACCACGAGACGAAUGCCUUCGAGAGUCUGGGCCUCUACCCGUUGGACCUGUGCCUCCACCCGUUGGACCUGUUACAUAGAAGCUUUUGUGGUCCCCCACCCUUCCAUGUGUCGGGAUCGGGAGAGUGGGAGGCUACCAUGCCGCCUGCUGCGGAGCUCAGCGAGGCAGGCAUCCAUUUCAAGGGGAGCAAGACUCACUUCAUCCAUGACAUCGACUUUGAAGACGGCGUGCUGAGCAUGCCACGAUUCGAGGCCCACGACGGCACCGAGAAGAACCUGCUCAAUCUGCUGGCGUUCGAGAAGCUCCAUCCAGGCACCGGGUACGCGGUUUUGUCCUACGUGUUCUUCAUGGACAACAUGAUCAGCACGGAAAGAGAUGUGGCGUUGCUGAGGUCGAAAGAGCUCGUCGAAAACCUGCUGAGCAGUGACAAGGAGUUGGCGAAGCUGGUCAACAGCCUUGGCAAUGGAGCGGUUCUGAACCCAUCCAGCAAAUUGAACGACGUGCAGCGUAUGGUGAAGGGCCACUGCAAGAAGCCCUGGAACAGGUGGCGAGCCAGCUUCGUGCACAAGUACCUUAGCAGCCCCUGGGUGUUCAUCUCCCUCAUGGCCGCCAUCUUCCUGCUCGCCAUUACAGUCCUGCAGACCGUGUACAGUGUCCUAUCCUUCUACACAAAGAGCUAGCAAGAAGGCAUCAUACUGGCCGGAUCAUGUUCUGUGUUGAAAAAUGCAGCAAUAAUGGAUAUUAUCACCAAGCAUGGUGGAAAUCUAAUGAUAUGUUCUACAAUAAUUAUGGUGAUGUCUUCCUUGUAUUAUAAGAGUCAGGCGAAUGAGCCUACGAUGCCAGCCCAAGUUGUUGGUCGUCUCACACGGGCUACAAUGACGCUGUGUAGGGUGAGACCGGAUUAAGGGGUUUUCUCGAUCUGCAUGAGAAGAUCUUCUCUAUGAAAAAUGCCCAGGACCAUUUUACCCCUGCAGGUCCAGUUUUUUUUAUAUAAGAGUCAGUCAAGCUAUUUCUGAACCUUGUAAUAAUGACGGAUGACCCGUAUACAUGUCAUUUGUAGA